AUGGAGUCCUGUACCGUAAACGGGAAAAUAGUCGGGGAGACAGUUGUCAUUUGCAAAUGGUUGUCCCUAAGGCUUCUAAUUCUACAGCUGUACCAUAAUGAUUGUUCAGGAGGCCACCUGGGAGUUAAGCAAACUCUACUGAAGAUCCGAGAACGGUUUUACUGGGUCAACUGUCGUGACGAUGUCGAGGGCUGGUGCCGCAAAUGCACAAGUUGUGCGGCUGUAAAGGGACUUCAAACUCGUAGUAGAGACCCAUUGAAAUCGUACAAUGUUGGUGCACCAUGGGAGAGGAUAGCCAUUGAAGUUGAGUAUCUGGAAAGUGAAAGUGGUAACAAUUGUUUCAUGGUAGUGAUGGAUUACUUCACUAAGUGGCCAGAAGUCUUCGCCAUUCCAAAUCACGAAGCUUCAACAGUUGCUGAUAAACUAGUUCAUGAAGUCUUCUGUCGUUUUGUAGUACAUUUAGAGAUUCACAGCGAUCAAGGAAGGAAUUUUGAGUCUCAAAUAUUCCAGGAAACUUGCCGAGUUAUAGGCACUCAUAAAACAAAAACAACUUCUUACCACCCACAAUCUGAAGGAAUGGUAGAAUGA